AUGUGGGUAUUAAGUCAGACAGGCGAAAAGAGGAAAUCAUGAAGAAAAAGCACGCAAGAUUAUUAAUAUUGAUUUUGGUAGGUUUGAUGGCCGCGGUAAUAUUUCGACGUAAACUUUGCUUCGUGACUCAGCGCAGCAGAGCGAUAUUAGAAGGUAAAAGAAGCUUGCAUGAACUCAGUGUUGUUUUAACCCAUUCAAUAUAAUUUGAAAGAAAGAUCUUAAUUACUCAAGGCGACAUGAAACUCCGUGACAAAUAAUGGGUUAACAAAAUUAAUCCCCACGGUGGUUUUAAUUCAAAAUGAAAUCAUUUUAGUUUCAACCUGAGUUUCAACCGUUUAAAACUAAGUUAACUCCGUGACUAAUCUAAAAUGUAUGUCUUGUUGGUUUUACUAUCAGUAAUAAAUUUUGCUUAAUAUGCACGACCAUUAACAUUUGAUAUAAGAUACUAAUUGUUACUAGGUAAGGUACCAUUGUAGUUCAAGUCCAUUCGGUGACGUAUGGUUUUGGCGGGGAGAACCUGGAGCCGAAGGGCAGGCGAUAAUGUAAUACCGAGUACAGCGGAUAACUUCAAAAUUCAACAUGGCGGCUUGUCCCGCAAUUUUCAUUAUUCUUGUCUAUCUGUUUUCCACUUGUUUUUCCCUCAAUAUUUCUCUUGGAGGAAGUCCAAACAUUAUCAUCUUUAUGACUGACAAUCUCUCUAUUGGAGAUCUAGGCAUUUACAACAAUAAUUCGUCGCAAACAUUAACUCCAAACAUCGAUCGUCUAGCGGAAGAAGGAGUCGUAUUUUCUCGCUGGUAUUCUCAGUCAUCAAGGAUUUCAUCCAUCGCAUCCUUACUAACGGGAUUAUUACCACCUCGUACUGGAAUUAUCAAAAGUAAGUUUCUUUCUUUCAAGGAAAUCCCGUCGAUUGCAUCUUCUGGAGGCUUACAGCACAACGAAACAACCUUGGCAGAAGUUUUAAAGGCGAAAGGUUACGCCACAAAUUUUGUGGGCUUGUGGGGUUUAGGGGUGGGAAAAAAUGGAGAAUACUUGCCUCUUGGUCACGGGUUUGACUCGUGGUAUGGGGUUCCAUCGGCACACAAAGACCAGUGCAUGGAAAGCUACAAGACAACGUCAGAUUCGCAAUACACUUGGCAAGCAGUGUGUUCGUUCUUCAGUCCGUUGCUUUAUAUUCUUCCAUGUGUUGCCUUCAUUGGUUGGUAUAAUGGACUUGGCAAGAUAAUCACUGUUUUCACGGUUAUAAUAGCUUUCAUCUUGUACAGCAGUAUACUGCAUGAUGUGAUUCACUUUAUGAUGGAUUUCAUCCAAGUAAGAAGUUGUGUUCUGUACAGAAACAGAAGUAUUAUAGAACAGCCCUAUACUAUAGAAAACAUGACCCUGCGGUUUACAAGAAAUGCUGUACAAUUUUUGGAGACAUCGUCAAUUUCAAGUAAACCCUUUUUCCUUUUUGUCAGUUACAUGAACCUCAAUCACCCAGUAUUUACAUCACGGUUCUUUUUAAAUUCAACGACAAGUUCAUACUCUGAUGCUCUGAAAGAGGUAGACUGGAGUAUUGGAAGGAUACUAAGAACAUUGAAGGAACGUGACAUUGAUAACAGUACAUUAGUUCUGUUUACGUCAGCGACUGGACAUUACUUUGAUGAAUCAUGUGACACUUGUAAAGAGGAAGAGACUGAGGAUAGUGAUGAAACCAUAUUUUUAAGAGGUAGCAGCAAGAAUGAUAUUUGUGAGAGCAUCAUUCGUGUGCCAGCAUUGAUGAGAUGGAAAGAAGAACUUGCAGAAAGACAGAUAAUCAGAACGCCUGUGACAGUGAUGGAUGUCAUGCCAACUGUAUUAGAAUUAUUAAAUCACAGCACUGGUGCAUUCUACUCGGACGGCAAAAGUUUAUUGCCUGUCUUGUUUAACUCGUCACAGGAAUCUCAACACAAAUAUAUUUUCCAUUAUAUAGAAGUUACCAAGCCUGCAGCCAUAACUUCUGGCCCUUACAAAGUUGUAUAUACAGAGAUUAAAGAUAACAGAGGACAACAGUCCUUUGAAACUCCACUGCUGUUUAAUGUCGAGACAGACCCAGAGGAGACAUCACCUCUGCCAAAUGCAGAACACAGUGAGCUUUUGGCAAACUUUUCAGAAGCCCUGGUUGAUCACAUGAAAACAAGAAGAAAUAAAUGGCACUCACAGCUGGAUAGUAGAAUAAUUCCUUUCUGGUUUCCUUGUGCAAAUUUUCCACAUUGUUUCCAAGUUUGUAACGAGAACAGUGACUUUUCAGAUUUGUUCAACUGAGAGACUUCAUGUGUAAGCAGUUAAGGUGUGGUGAAUCAAAACUAGGUUGCCCACAGUUUGCUGAACAAACAGGCCUUGUUAUAAGCAAAGUAGUAGUGAACACCUACUUGCUGUUUUUAAAAAAGACAUUUGUUAAUUAAAUUUCAUCUGUAAUCCCAGUUAAUCUUAGAGAAAAAAUUGCAAGGAAAAAAUGGAUAACUAUAGGAAAAGCUGGCCUGCUUACAGGCUAUGGUUUCAGUCAGUCAUUUACAGUUGAUUCAUCACCCCUGACCUCAACAGUAUCUCCACUUGGCCAAACUCAAAUACCACACCUAUUUCACACCUGAUACAUUACUUGCAAAAAAUUUUGGACCAUUGUAAUUUCAGACAAAACGUCUCCAAAAAUAAAAGUCUGAAAUUUUUGAGUGUCCAAAAUUUUAAGUGUCCAAACUAUUUGCAAGACAGUAAUAAUACUUUGAAGAAGCUCCAGAGCUCUUAGUCUCCUUUAUGCUGGGCUUUAUGGAGCAAACUCUAGUUGAGACACUACUUGACAUAUGUGUAUGUAACACCUUGAUAGAAUUUGUCUAAUUUUCUCAUUGGUGUAUUUGUAAAACCUUGUAAAGCGCAGAAAAACUAUCAUCUUUUGAUGUUGUUCCAGUCUAAUUUGCUGUUUUUUGCUGUAAAUUACUUAAGCUAUGUUUCAGCAAAGUGUCCGAAAUGAGAUAAAAGUGUCUGAAAAUUAAUUGUCUGAAAUAAAACGUCUGAAAUUUUAUGUAAUAAUGUACGUUUCUAUGUUUCAUGUGAAAAUCAAAUGAAUAUCUUUUUGUCAUCCAAGUGUCUGAGUUUACUACAACAAUCAAAUGAAAACUGAAUAUUUGCAAAGCAAGCAGAAAUAUAUUGACAUUCAAAAAGAUUAUGUAAAGGCAUUGCAUUCAUGUCAUUGGCCGAGGUUAAAAUUCCCAGCAAGAUGCUCCUGGCUCUUUGCAAGUUUUCCGUUUUGACCUGUCACACCAUCUUUUGGGGAGAAAUUAUUCCAUGAGAUGGCAAAAGAAUACAUGCAAUGAAAACCAAAAAAAAUUGUAAUUUUAUCAUUGUAAUUUAUAAAGUCUCCUUUGCAGCCAUUACUAGGGUCAUCAUGUAACACUUCUUCCUUCUAAU